CCUGGUAACGCCUGCUUUUUGGUCGUUGAUACGUCCAUAUGCAUUUGCUGAAUCCACCUCCUCUCUUGACUAGAAAGUGUGGACUCAGCAAAAUCCAAAUUGAAUCUCGUCCCGCCCCUCCACACUCAGAGCAGCAGUGGGAAGGAGCCUGGUCAACCCUCCUUUGCACGAAGCCAGCCGUUCCUUGCAUAGAUUCAGGUCAGUCGAGAACUGAAUUUUCACAUUCACAGACCACCUGACGAGACCCCGGAAUCAUUGGAAUCGCUAUUGAUCAGUCACAUUUCUAAUGUUGAUGUUGACUUUUCACAGUCAGCGAGUAGAGUCCAGGGGUGAGCAGUACUGCUUUGGCCGUUAUUGAUCUUGUGCUCUGCAACAUCCUCAGAAAAUGCCACAUCCUUCUCUCUCUCUUGGGAAGCUCAAGACUGGUAAAAACCAGCAACGACAUCGCAAGCCUCGCGGUGCAAGCACUGAAGUUUCGUCCAUCAAACUUGGUUACCUUUUCAAGUCUACUAGGCACCAUCGUUUGAAGGGAAAGGUCGCGAUUGAGCAGCAAACUACUUCAGCACGAUCACCCGAUCCUGAAUCUGAUAUGAGCUUGUCACCUCCUUCCAGGCAGCCACCUUACGAACGGAUCACCGACCAUUCGAGUCUCCCUCCAGGAAUCGAUGAGACGCACAUUUUCUCAGAGUCUGCUAGCCGGUCUUCCACAGCUGAACAGAGCAUAGCUUCAUCGGAGGAGGAGUCACAUUCAGCGUUUCGUAUGCACCCUUCGAAGAUUACUUCGGCUCUUCUUCCGAAGACCCCUGUAGACCCCUUCUCAGACAGCUCCGGCGCGUCCUCUGCCGUGAUAUCAUCUCCGUCUCUGUUUGACCUGCGUUCUCGUUCGGCGGGCGAUUACAUCGUGCGACAGCUUGGCGCAACCCUGGAAAAGCUCUCACUGGGGGAGAGUCAGUACGCUAAGCUUGAGGAGGACAUCCUUCCAAUCAGAUCCCUGAAUACGCGAUGCACUAUGCCCAAAACGAUCUCAAUGUCUGGCUUCCAAGCCUCUCCAACCUCCUCUGACAUGGUUAUCUCUCCUGCUCCCCAUUAUCCCCCAAAGUUCAAGGACUCGCUUGCAUCUGGAUACCUUGCAAACUUGAAACAACAGUUACAGGAGAAGCGAUGGCUGUGUAAAUUUGCUCGCUCCACAACAGCCAAAGCACACGUUGCAGUCCCACCCGCCAUAUUCAUCACGACUGUUGAUGUGAAUUAUCCCAGACCAAUGCGUUCGCCGGUCGGCCUUUUCGGAUCAGUAAGCCACAGCAAGGAUUUACUCGACGAUCCUGCGCUUCAGCCACCGCCACCCGUCAAUUCCCCGUGUCCUGAUGACCCAUUUAACGCGGAUCCAUUUGCAUACAAUCAUCCCUCUCAAUAUGAUCUGCCCUUGCUGCCUUCAAUGCCAACUCCUGAGGAGACAGGGGAAGUCACCGAUUCUGCCUGGUAUCUGGAUGGGACACCCUCUCGUGGAUAUCUUGAACUCUUCCCCGCUGGGGACUCGGAGGACUUUGCAGCAGCCCUGAGUGCCACCAUCACCAAUCCAUUUGAUCUUCCGCCUUUCUCUAUACCGCUCAUGCAACCAGGCCUUCUCGAUGCUUCGCUUUAUGACACUUGAGGCGAGCUGCGAUGCGGGAGAUUUUCUAUUGAUAUGGCUGUAAUCCAGUAGGUCUUGAAGCCGUUGAGAUUCUUGGUCCAUUUAUGUCAUGGAGUCCUCAUCCCUUUCUAUGUUGUUUCUUCCUGCAUCCCUACUGGACCCUACAUAUGCACGAGACGUCCCUUCUCGAAUUUCUCAGAAAUUGUUUGUAAAAUAUCUCGGUUGCAAGACGAAUAAGAUUAGCUCGCAUUUCAAACAAAUAUUUUGACG